GAUCCCAAACACGCGACACGCCACACCGGCCGCACACGAAGAUACAAGACUGUUCAUCCACGAAAUCGUCUGGCCACGUACAAUCAAGGAGAUAGAUCGUGGGAGGAGAGACGAUGCACCGUUCGUCGAGCUACUACCUGCAGCAGUCGUCGUCAUCGUCGUCGUCCGUGUCGUCGUCGUCGUUAGCGGCGACUGGCGGGGCGGCAUCGCCGGGUCCGAGCUCGACGGCGGGCGUGAUGGACGUGGACCAACUGCCGACAUAUGACCCACGGUCGGACGUGGCCAAGAAGGAGGCCCUGGAUGCCUCGCGCGCCGACCUCGCUCGCGCCCUCGUCCACCUCAUCCCCGUCGGCGUGCUCCUCUGCGGCCUUCUCCUCUGGUCCUUCUCCGACACUGACUUCCCAGCUGAAGAUGGCGUCCUGCUGGAGAAGGGAGAGGGCCGCAUGGCGGUUGCCGGUGUCAGGAUAAUGCCACGACCACGAAGCAGUGUUACGAUGGAGAAAGGAGGAGACGGCCGCACGACGGAGGAUUCAGAUCCCGUAGGCAAGGCUCAUGGGACAAAUAAGAGAAGAGUGCUGUUGAGAAGUGAAAUGGAGCACGUACGGCGAACAAUUUAAAACAACACAUGCGCUUCAGCCAUAGCGUGUUAGCCAGUUUACAUUUUUCAAAAUCUUUUUUUUUAAAAAAAAAAUAUAAGCUCCAUGGAUAGCUAAACAAUUAAUCAGAUACCUUAUUACAGUCUCUAUUACAUAACGAGGCAUUAAAAAAAGAAAACUCUGAUUGCAUCAUGUCUCGAAUAUGAAACACCAUGGCAUCCAUUUUUUUUUCUAAUAUGAUUUGCGAUAAACCUAACUGAAUUGCAUGAAGAAUGAAUGCUCUUGUAGGCCACAAUGGCACAUCGCCAUGCAUGUAGGGCCGAUGAAGCAUGUCGAGUUGUGUCCCCAGCCCCAGCCACCAAUACCUCUCCAUUCAUAUUUUUCACCAUAGAACCCCAUCCUCUAGAUCUUUUAUCUGGGUCAGAAGAAUCACCAUGCAUGUAGCUUCUCGAAUUGCAUGAGGAAGAAAGAAACGGAUCCACAAACUUGAAAGGCUAAUUCAGUGUCAUAUUGCAAAAAAAAAA